GUAGUUUCUGCGGUGAAAAAGCGUCAAAAAUAAAAAAUUAACGUAAAACAUAAAAUGGGAGGAUGUAAAUGUACAUUUUAUGAUUGUGGUAUAACAACUACAUCAGCUAAGAAGUUAUUUCCAUCAAGAGAAACUCAUUUCUUCCAUUAUCCGAUUAGAGAUCAUGAUCGAUGCAUAAAUUGGGCAAUUUAUUCAAAUAAUAUGGACUUUCUGGAACUGCCGAUCGAUAAACUCAAGAAUAAAGUAAUUUGUGAUCACCACUUCAAUGAGAAUCAUUUUAUGAAUUAUAAGCGCGAAAAACUUAAUAAAACCAACUCAAUACCAACAAUUUAUAUCGAUCCAACGACAAAUGAAGAAAUUGAUUUAAUUGCAUGUCCAACUGAGUGGGUUCACAAUAAUAAAGCAAAAGCAGCUGCAUCCGAUUACAAUAAAUGCUCAAAAAUCAAUAUUGACGAAAUGGAAAGUACAAAUGUCGUUUUUAUGAAGGAAGAAAUAACUGAUGAAGGUUCUCCAGCCAAAAGACUAAAAUCUGAAGUAAUAAACAGCCCAUCGAUACGGAUACUUAAUAAGGAAAUUCAGCCUGACGCUUCACCGUUCAGUCAGAAGAAAAUCAUUAAAACUAUGCCAGCAGUUCUCACUCAUGUUAAGAAAUUACCGACAAUGGUUGAAACUUUGGGAGGUGCUAAAGUUGUAAAAGUUGCAGGUGCAAGUUAUACAAUUGUUACUAAUUCGUCUCCCAAAAAAAUCAUCAAUCCUGCAACAUCUAAAGUACAACGAGUUAUUAAAAGUGAACAUACUCAAAUUGAAACAAAUUCAGAAAUUCCUUCAAAAUCUUCAACAGAAGAUUUCCAGUCAAUUCUUCAUCAAAUCGAAGAACUAAAAAGUAUAAUGAAUACAAAAUCGUCAGAUGUGCCAGUAAAGAAAUUAGAAGAUGAAAGUUUAAAUAACAUAUCCCAGUCCCAUCUUAACAAGAUUCAGCUUUUCAAUGGAAUCAAACGAUAUCUCUCACCAUCAAUGAUUGCGCUUCUACGAAUUGAAUUAUUUUCAACUCCAGGCCGUGAAUACAAAAAAGACGAGAAAAUUAUUUGUCAGGAAUUGCUAAAUUUAGGAGAUGAAACUUAUGAUUUCCUUUGUGAAGAAUGGCGAUUGAGAUUACCAGCAAAAACUGAUGUUCACGAUUGGAUACAAAAUAGAACUGCGGAAGAAGAUGACGAUGCUUCAUAAAAUGAAAAAUUUUAAUAUUUAGACUUUAUUACUACUUAAAUUUCAUUUAAUAUAUUUAUAAUGUGCAUAAAAAUUGCUUAUUUAAAAUUUUAAUAAAAUUAUUUUAAUGAAACUUAUUUACCUAUUAACAGUUAAAGCAAGAA